AUGACAGAUCUCUCGCUGUCCGGGGAUAUAGUCUUAUCGAAAACGGCGGCGACGUUUACGCACACCGCCGCGGCGGGCGCGACGAGCGGGCUGACGAUCACUAGCGACAACGGGUUCGUGGAGGUGGAGAGCGUGCGGAUCACGGGCGGCGCGUCAAAGUCUGACAUCGGUUUCGGUUCGACGGCUAUCAUCGCGCUGUCCGCGACGGGCGUGGGCGUGACCGGGACGGUGUCGUCGACGGGUGACUUGACUGUUGGGUCGUCGAAGUUCGUAGUGACCGCGACCAGUGGCGACUUGGCUCAAGCGGGGGACACGACCUUGUCGAAGACCGCCGCUGCAAUCACACACACAGCCGCGGCGGGCGCGACGAGCGGGCUGACGAUCUCGAGCGACAACGGGUUCGUGGAGGUAGAGAGCGUGCGGAUCACGGGCGGCGCGUCGAAAUCCGACAUCGGGUUCGGUGCGACGAACAUCAUCGCGCUAUCCGCUACAGGCGUAGGCGUGACUGGGACGCUGACAUCGAGCGGACUGGCGACGCUCGCGAGUGCUACUGUGUCCGGGGCGCUUUCUGCGGGCGCGACGACCAUCACGGGCGCGACUGGCAUCACGGGGGCGACGACCAUCACGGGCGCGACAGUCAUGAAGGGUGACGUCACGGUAAAGAAGUCCGACGGAUCAGCGACGGUGCUGACGGUCGCCGGCGCGACCGGGAACACGGUUAUCAGCGGGACGCUGACCGCGGGUGCAUCGACGCUCGCGAGCGCGAGCGUGACCGGGGCGCUGUCAUCAGGUGCAGCAACGUUGGCAAGCGCGACGCUUAACGGUGACUUGUCAACCUCGGGCGACAUCGCAAUGUCGAAGACCGCUUCCGCGAUCACGCACACCGCCGCGGCGGGCGCGACGAGCGGAUUGACGAUCUCGAGCAGCAACGGGUUCGUGGAGGUGGAGAGCGUGCGGAUCACGGGCGGCGCGUCGAAAUCCGACAUCGGGUUCGGUGCGACGAACAUCAUCGCGCUAUCCGCUACAGGCGUAGGCGUGACUGGGACGCUGACAUCGAGCGGACUGGCGACGCUCGCGAGUGCUACUGUGUCCGGGGCGCUUUCUGCGGGCGCGACGACCAUCACGGGCGCGACUGGCAUCACGGGGGCGACGACCAUCACGGGCGCGACAGUCAUGAAGGGCGACGUCACGGUGAAGAAGUCCGACGGAUCGGCGACGGUGCUGACGGUCGCCGGCGCGACCGGGAACACGGUUAUCAGCGGGACGCUGACCGCGGGUGCAUCGACGCUCGCGAGCGCGAGCGUGACCGGGGCGCUUUCUGCGGGCGCGACGACCAUCACGGGCGCGACUGGCAUCACGGGCGCGACGACCAUCACGGGCGACGUCAAGGUGAAAGCGUCCGACGCAACGGACAAGGUGACCAUAGCGUCGAGCACGGGCAACACGGUAAUCGCUGGGACGCUGAACGCGGGCGCAUCGACGCUCGCGAGCGCGAGCGUAACCGGGGCGCUGUCAUCCGGCGCGGCAACAUUGGCGAGCGCGAGCGUGACAGGGGCGCUUUCCGCGGGCGCGACGACCAUCACGGGCGCGACUGGCAUCACGGGCGCGGUGACAGUCACCGGAGCGACGUCCAUAACUGGCGACGUCACCGUGAAGGCGUCUGGCGGCGCGUCCACGUUUCUCGUCGCCGCCGCCACGGGAAACACCGCCAUCGCGGGCGCGCACGGAGACGCAUCGAAGGAACUCUACGUCAACGGCGACGUGUACGCGACCGGCCUGGUAUCUUCCGCGUCGGACGGGAGGUACAAGCGCGACGUUCAAAACAUCACCGGCGCGUUAGAGACGACGCGCGCGCUUCGAGCGGUGUCCUUCGCGUUUCAGACGGAGGCGUACCCGGAGAAAAAUUUCCCGACGGAACGCCAAGUCGGCUUCAUCGCGCAAGAGCUCGAGGCUGCGCUUCCGGACGUCGUCACGACGGAUUCGGACGGAUACAAGGGCAUCGCGUACGAGCGACUCGGGGUGUACGCGCUCGCGGGCGUGAAAGACGUGGACGAGCUCGUGCAGACGCAACGGCGGGCGAUUUUGGCGUUGGAGGAGAGGGUGGCGACGCUGGCGCGCGCGGUGGAGGCGCUGUCGAACGGCCGUUCCGCGGACGUUACGCGUGUCGCGUGACGACGAACGACGAUGAAAUGAACACAACACGAUGAUGAAGAGUACGAUGAGACCAUCCCGCGAGGCGAGCGCGACGGGGUGACGAACGGAGGACACGGGGAAAGAAACGAAACGAGGAGGGGGCGAGAAGAAGUGAAAAGAGAGCGAGGAGGAGGAGAACUUCAGGAACUGAAGUUAGCUCAGGAUCGCGAGAGUGAUUAUGCUGAUAGAGUAGACCGCGCCGCGGACGUGUAACGUGCCGCGACGACUUAGAACG